CAGGCUCCCCCGAAUUAUCGAGAUAACUGAGAAAGUCACGGCUGACCAACGGGGUGCUUGGUCCUUUAUUUCUUGCAUGCUCCUCAUUUUUCUCUGAACCUUGACCUUCCCCUUUUUUGUUUCUGUGCCAUGUCGGCUCAAAUAUGUGCGCCGGUGCAUUUGCCGACGGAAAUCUUGUUGGAAAUACUAAGCUAUCUGCCAUUGUCCGAUCUCUGCGGUCUUCACUCGGUCCUUCCGUCAACGUAUAACCCUUAUAUUGAUCGAUUGAUGCUCACGCACCCUGUCUUCUGUCAGCGGCGACUGUACGCUUGUUUGGUAAACGACCCGAUAGUUGCCAUGACGCUUCCUAGCCAAUACAUGCCGGGACGGCCGUUUUCCAUGAUACCGUCCUUGAUGCCCUGGCUCACGCCUUCCAUAAAACCUACCGACGAUCAAUCUUGUCAUCUAAAACUGUUCCAACCACGAAGUUUCCAUUAUGUGACUCGGCAAAUUCAAUUUGGCGCCAAUGAAGAAUGGCUGAGCUGCUCACGGACACUCAAUCUAGCCAUUAUCUUAGAAUCACGCGGUAUUGUGCUGAAGCGUUCCAUCCACGUUGCCAACCCUUACACGACCCCGCUCUUUUCAAGAAAAGGCUACUUUAACGGUCACUUGCAAUUCGACACGGAUGACCAGCAUCACAUGGUCAACCUCGCUACAUGCACCAUCGAUCUCGACUGGUUUUGUGAAUAGUCCCAGCACCCCCAAUUCAGCCAACCCAAUUUCUUGUUGCACAUUUUCCUUUUCCCAUCUUGUAUAUCCCUCCUCUUUUUGCCUAAUACCCUUUGUGAUGGAUACCGUUCAUUGCCAAUACUGUCGUCAAUUAUUGUCAAAAUAUACCUCGGUAUUUGCAUUUUCCAAUUCUUUAUUAUUUUCCCGCUCCGCUUGACGAUUUAUUUUC